ACUUCCUUCUACUCAGAGCCGUAUCCGGGUCGCUGCUUUCCCUAUUGUCUGAGGCAGCCGGCCUCGAGCUGUGCAAUUUCUGGGUUUUUUGUUGCUUGUGGUCCAGGCUAAUAAACUUUUCUUUCUUUCUUUUUUUUUUCUAGUUUUAACGGGAGAAAUUAACUCCCCAGGGCCGCCGGGUUGACUGCGCUGCCUGGGCCGGAGGUCUUCUCCGGCCAGGGAGCGCUGUGGGAAGGGGCUCGAGCGGCCAGGGCCAGGUGAGGCCGGGGGGGCGGGGGGUUAAGGGACCGCGGGGCUACUCUUGGGAGCGCCCCUGUCUGGCUGGCUGCGCGCCGGUUUUAAAUAGCAUCUUUCGGACUUGUCUUCGCGGCCCCAGUCCCCGACCUCGGCGCUGCCUGGGCUCCCGCAGCCUCUCCCUAAGUCUCCUCCAAACGACCACUUCACGGAUUCCUUAUGGAUCGCAGCUCCAAGAGGAGGCAGGUGAAGCCUUUGGCAGCUUCUCUGCUGGAAGCUCUUGAUUAUGAUAGUUCAGAUGACAGUGAUUUUAAAGUUGGAGAUGCCUCAGAUUCUGAAGGGAGUGGUAAUGGAAGUGAAGAUGCUUCAAAGGACAGUGGAGAAGGUUCCUGUAGUGAUUCUGAAGAAAAUAUUUUAGAAGAAGAACUGAAUGAAGAUAUUAAAGUAAAAGAAGAACAGCUUAAAAAUUCUGCAGAGGAAGAAGUACUAUCAGCAGAAAAACAGUUAAUUAAAAUGGAAAAGAAGGAGGAAGAAGAAAAUGGAGAAAGACCUAGAAAGAAAAAGGAGAAAGAGAAGGAAAAAGAAAAGGAAAAGGAGAAAGAGAAGGAAAGAGAGAAGGAAAAAGAAAAAGCAACAGUAUCUGAGAAUGUGGCUGCUUCUGCUGCUGCCACCACACCAGCCACAAGUCCUCCUGCUGUUAACACAUCCCCUUCUGUUCUCACUACGACAACUGCUGCAGAGGAACAAGUCAGCGAGCCAAAAAAAUGGAACCUUCGACGAAACCGACCGCUUCUGGAUUUUGUGUCCAUGGAAGAGCUGAAUGACAUGGAUGACUAUGACAGUGAGGAUGACAAUGAUUGGCGACCUACUGUAGUAAAGAGAAAAGGGAGAUCUGCAUCUCAGAAAGAGGGAAGUGAUGGAGACAAUGAGGAUGAUGAAGAUGAGGGAAGCGGGAGUGAUGAAGACGAGAAUGAUGAAGGCAAUGAUGAAGAUCAUAGUAGCCCUGCCAGUGAAGGGGGUUGCAAGAAGAAGAAGAGUAAAGUUCUUAGCAGAAACAGUGCUGAUGAUGAGGAACUGACCAAUGAUAGCCUGACCCUAUCUCAAAGCAAGAGUAAUGAGGACUCGCUGAUUCUUGAGAAGAGUCAAAACUGGAGCUCUCAAAAAAUGGACCAUAUUCUGAUUUGCUGUGUUUGUCUGGGAGAUAAUAGUGAGGAUGCUGAUGAAAUAAUUCAGUGUGACAAUUGUGGCAUUACAGUCCAUGAAGGUUGUUACGGAGUUGAUGGAGAAAGUGACUCUAUUAUGAGUUCAGCUUCUGAAAACUCCACUGAACCUUGGUUUUGUGAUGCCUGUAAAUGUGGUGUUUCUCCUAGCUGUGAACUGUGCCCUAAUCAGGAUGGAAUUUUCAAGGAGACAGAUGCUGGAAGAUGGGUUCAUAUUGUUUGUGCCCUGUAUGUUCCUGGAGUAGCCUUUGGAGAUAUUGACAAAUUACGACCAGUAACGCUAACGGAAAUGAACUAUUCCAAAUACGGUGCCAAGGAGUGUAGCUUUUGUGAAGACCCUCGCUUUGCUAGAACUGGAGUUUGCAUCAGCUGUGAUGCAGGGAUGUGCAGAGCCUAUUUCCACGUGACCUGUGCUCAGAAGGAAGGUCUGCUUUCAGAGGCAGCAGCGGAAGAGGAUAUAGCAGAUCCAUUCUUUGCUUAUUGUAAGCAACAUGCAGAUAGAUUAGACAGAAAGUGGAAGAGAAAAAACUACUUGGCUCUACAGUCCUAUUGUAAAAUGUCUUUGCAAGAGAGAGAGAAGCAACUAUCACCAGAAGCACAGGCAAGGAUCAAUGCCCGGCUUCAGCAGUAUCGUGCCAAAGCAGAACUAGCUCGAUCUACCAGACCCCAGGCCUGGGUUCCAAGGGAAAAAUUGCCCAGACCACUCACCAGCAGUGCUUCAGCUAUUCGUAAACUUAUGCGGAAAGCAGAACUCAUGGGGAUCAGUACAGAUAUCUUUCCAGUGGACAAUUCAGAUACUAGUUCUAGUGUGGAUGGAAGGAGAAAGCAUAAGCAACCAGCUCUCACUGCAGAUUUUGUGAAUUAUUAUUUUGAGAGAAAUAUGCGCAUGAUUCAAAUUCAGGAAAAUAUGGCUGAACAAAAGAACAUAAAAGAUAAAUUAGAGAAUGAACAAGAAAAGCUUCAUGUAGAAUAUAAUAAGCUAUGUGAAUCUUUAGAAGAACUACAAAACCUGAAUGGAAAACUUCGAAGUGAAGGACAAGGAAUAUGGGCUUUACUAGGCAGAAUCACAGGGCAGAAGUUGAAUAUACCGGCAAUUUUGCGAGCCCCCAAGGAGAGAAAACCAAGUAAAAAAGAAGGAGGCACACAAAAGACAUCUACUCUUCCUGCAGUACUUUAUAGUUGUGGAAUUUGUAAGAAGAACCAUGAUCAGCAUCUUCUUUUAUUGUGUGAUACCUGUAAACUACAUUACCACCUUGGAUGUCUGGAUCCUCCUCUUACAAGGAUGCCAAGAAAGACCAAAAACAGUUAUUGGCAGUGCUCAGAAUGUGACCAGGCAGGGAGCAGUGACAUGGAAGCAGACAUGGCCAUGGAAACCCUACCAGAUGGAACCAAACGAUCAAGGAGGCAGAUUAAGGAACCAGUGAAAUUUGUUCCACAGGAUGUGCCACCAGAACCCAAGAAGAUUCCAAUAAGAAAUACGAGAACCAGAGGACGAAAACGGAGCUUCGUUCCUGAGGAAGAAAAACAUGAGGAAAGAGUUCCUAGAGAGAGAAGACAAAGACAGUCUGUGUUGCAAAAGAAGCCCAAGGCUGAAGAUUUAAGAACUGAAUGUGCAACUUGCAAGGGAACUGGAGACAAUGAAAAUCUUGUCAGAUACCCUUCAUGAGACCCAACUCUGCCACAGCUCAUCCUCGGAGGCAAUCCCGGAAACCUCUUUUAUAAGUGUGAUUUUAAAAAUGUGGAUUAAACUCUCGAUAGAGUACAUAAAGUAAAGGAGAACAGCUAUAUUGUCCUUUCUAUAAGCUUGUCACUGCAAAAAGUUGCCUUUUGCUUGUCAGGUUUGGAUAGAAUAUAAUUGAUUGGUUUGUUACUUGGACUAAAAAGGCAGUAGAUUUGCCUGUGUGCAUUUUUGUUUUUCCUAUUUUUCUUCUUUUUGCUUUUUUUGCACUAAUCAGAAAUAUUUGAUAUGUGCAUUGUUGAAAAAUACUGGAUACAUGUCUUGUCAGAAUUGUCGUAUUAAGUAAUGUCUUUCCCUCUUGCUUCUUUGGCAAAUGAUGAUACACAGUGUUUGGACUUACUGAAGAGUUACUGAAGCCUAUGGGACUUAAUAAAUACAGUAUGCUACUCCCUGUUGUUAUUCAACAAUGCAAGUAACAAACAAGAAAGACAAUGCAUUCCAUUAGUCUGCUAUUCUGUUUCCUUCAGCUUCAUACAUAGAUUCAUAUAUGAAGUACUGCAUUGUAAAACAACUAUAGACUCAUAUUAAAUGUUAUUUCUAUUUAUAAUAGUCAGCAAAAGUGAAAGACUUGUGAAGCAUAUGACAUUCUAUUUUUGACUUAUUAGUCCUAGUGUGAAAGCAUAUUAGCAUGACAUUUUUACAACUUCAGAUUUUAAGCUCAUGAAUAAAAAUAUAUCUGUGUUGAUCUCUAGAUAUUUUUAGUAAUACCCAAAUAUAUGCAGUCCUUAUUGUUUUAAUAUAAACUUUCUGUGUUCAGUAUAAUUUUAUUUUUCUCAACCUUAAAUAUGAACUUAGGAAAUAAGGAGGGAAAUACAAAGAUUAUUGACUAUACAACCUACCAGCUGAAAGAAAGAUCUUCAUCAACAUCUGUAUCUUUCCAGAGGUAUACAGAAUUAAAAUUUGAUCUUCAAGCUUUAAUGAUCCAGUUUUAAGUCAACGGCAGAAAUAUGUUGAAUAUUUCAUCACUCAAUCUUGAACUGAUUUAGAAGAGACUCUUUGCUGAAAUUGAAUUGCACAUAUACAUGUAAAUUGUCAACAUGUAAUUUGGAAUUUUCUGAUUAAUAAAUGUGGUUUUGGACAUCUUUUCGGGUAUAGUGACAAUGGAAAAUAGUUUACACUUUAGAACUAGAGUAGGUACUGUUAUAGAUAAUCAAAAGCAAUUGUAAUUGUAAAGCUGCUGUAAUCUAGUAAUCUCUAGUUAUAGUGAGGAAUCCUAUGAUUGGAUGAGAUGUUUGAUGAAAGUAGAAUGUGUACGAAAUUACAUAUAAACAGAUUAUUAACUUAUUGAAAGAUCUCAUCAUAUUGGAGGAAAAAUAUUCGUAAUCUUUAGCAAAAUUAGUAGACUUUUGUUUAAAAGAAUAAGAUAGGACUAGUUAUCACUAUAUUAGCUUAAGGAAAUGUUGGUAAUUAUUACUGUUGCUGAACUCUGGCUGCUUUUAAGCAAAAUGACAGAUUGCCAUUUUCUAUGUGGAAUAUACUAAUACAUUAGACCAUGGCCCUCUUUUAAUAUUUAGUGAGAAAUUACUCACAGUUGCUUUAUUUUAGUUUUUUUUGAGAAACUCUUAGGCCUGGUUUUGGUAUCAACUGUUAAUCAAAAUCCUUUUCACUUUGAUUCCAAUUAGAAUACUAUAUUAUCAUCAUUCUCCAUUUUGCAUUUUCUGUGAUGGUAGAUAUUCUAUUCCACAUUUGGUGCUAGUCCUAAGAAUCUUUGUCACAUGUUAUACAUAUAGACUGCAAAAUUCAUAGGAUAUAGGUCCUGCGAAAAGUAUAGUUGAAGUAAGAAAACUUUUGAAGUAACUAGAAUACUUUGUGCUAAUAAUCUCUUAAAUGCUCUCAUAUCCACAGUGUAAAAUUAUUCCCUGUCCAUAAUCAAUUCAACUGCUAUAAGGAGAAAAUUGAUGUGUACUUAAGAAAAUAUACACUAAAUGAUUCAUAUUUCACAGAUGUACACAAGAAAAAUGGCACAUCAGGUAAAUGAUGGUUGUUUAUCACACAGUAGGGAAAGGAAGAAACAUUAAAAUAUCAGGAAGGAGAUGAAACGUCUCUGAAACACAGGAAGAAUGAUAUAAUAGUAGAUAGUGGUUCUCAAACUUUGUGCAUCAGAAUCACAGGAAAGAUUUGUAAAAACACAGGUGACUACCCUAUUCCUCUCCUCAUCCUUCUUCUACCCACUUUACUCCCUCCCCUCUUCACCCUAGAGUUUCUGAUUUAGUAGAGAAUUCGCAUUUCUAACAAGUUCCCAGGUGAUGCUGUUGCUACUGGCCUGGAAUACCACAUUAAGAACCAUUCAUAGGUAGUAUUUUUUAAAAAAAAUCAUUGUGUUGUGCUCAACAUUGUUUGAUAAAGGAAUGCGCUUUUUAAAUCUCCUUAGAAGGGCCCUUAGAUUUCCUCUAGAUAAUAGAAUUAGUAAUUUCAUCUGCAACAUAUACAAUUUUUUUUUAUUUUAUAUAAUUUAGUUAAAUGUUUGUUUUACACUGACUAUGGAAACAGCACUAUUAUAGAUACAGAAAGAAAUCAAUAAACAUAGCCUGUGUUCACAAUUCACUCAUCCUUUUGUUAUAAAAAGACUUGAAAUUAGGGUUAUGUUUUAAUAUGAAAACAAAAUUUAGCCUUAGCCUUUAUCCAUCUUAACUUUAGAAAUUAUAUUUAUGCACUGUUUGUAGAUCAUUGUCAUUCAUUGUUGCUUGAGUGUUCAUCUGAUUUUAUAUUUAUGAUGUUAAAAACAGACUACUGACCAAUAAAUAAAAUAUUUACACUCUAUU